AUGCUGCGGUCUCUCGGUGGCCGAGCAGCACAGCUCACCACCACCACCACCCGCAAAGCGAUCCGGUCACACCUCCACCUCCGCGCCCUCUCAACCCUCCCCUCCAACGAACACAUCUACAUCUUCCCGCACCCAGCGCAACCAACAACACACCUCCUCACCUUUCUCCCCACCACCCCACCCAACCCCUCCCUCGCAAUCGGCACCACCACCGCCAACCCACCGACCCCGUCCUCU